GUCACUGGAGGAUUACGUGUACAUCAAGUCUCAGGCUCCCAAAGGUUGGGAUGUGUUGCUCCGGUUCAUCAUGGACAGUUCUUCCUCUGUGCCUGUCCUGCCUUCUGCGGAUGAUCGUGGUCUGCCAACCAGCAGCAUUGGCCACGAGCUUGACAAGGCCUAUGCUAUUGUUACAUCUGGUGAGGCAAAUGUGUGUUGCUAUGCUGCAAGUAAUACAGUGCUUGACUAAACACAUGCAGAUAUGAAUGGAGCACCUGUGCUGUCUGGGGGACACGGCCUACCAGCUAUGCAGCACAAUCAGACCACUGGGGCGGCAGCUGGCCCCAGCAGUGGUGUAGCCAUGACAGUCAAAGUUGAGCAGGCCGCCCCAAUGGCGCUGGACACUGGCGUGGCGGAGGUCAUAGAUAUAACUGCGAUCAGCACCCUACCCCAGCACAACAGCUGUGUGCAGCCAUGCUAAUUGACAAGGUGGCUUGCAGCACUGGAACUUCUCUUCAUAUUGUUGCUGCCCCAACUGGCAGUGGCAAGACCUGGAUUGCCACGGCAGUGUUGCAUACAUUGAUGGCGCAAAACACUCGCCCCUACAUUGUGUGCCUGGUUGCACCUACACGGCAGGUUUCUGAGCAGCUAUUUGAUGCAGUUCGCCACCUCAACCAGCCUGGUGUAUCAGUGGUCAUGCUCAUGGGUCGGGAGCGCAUGUGCGCUCAUGAAGAUGUCCGUUCAAAGCCUUACUGUCAGCAGAGCGAUGCAUGCAAGGUUGCUCUUGGCCGCAAGACAAAUGAUAUUGACCACGCUGGUGUAUCACCCUGCCAGUACAUUAAUGGUGCUCAAAAGCAUGUUCGCUGGAGUACUGGCACGUUCACUGAGGCAGGCGUAACUUAUGGGCCGCCACGGUUGGCUGACAUUGAGUCAUUAAGUGCACAUGUUGGGGCGUGUGCAUACUAUGGGCAGGUCAUGGCCGCGCAUUCAGCUGUUCGCAGAAGGCAGAACCUGGUCAUCUGUGGGACUAUGAACCUGAUGGCUGACCUUGCUGCAAUGCAGACCAGGUAGGUGCCUGCAUCUGCCAUGCAUGGGCAAUACAGGAACAUGACGAUUCACGUUUCACAGGCUCAAGGGCCAUGAAAGCAGCUGCGACAUCCUUCCAUCUUCAACACAUGAUGCCAUGAUUAUGGUUGAUGAGAUUCACAAGCUGGGGGCAACCGUGCGGGAUAUCCACAGCGCGGAGCUGGCAUGUAUGACCAUCAGCAGUGUAACGGGUGCCAUCAUGUCAAAAGCCAGUACCUUCAGCCGGGACUUCCGGAGCAUGUUACAAAGCUUCAGACAGACUGGUGUUGUGCCCUCCGCAUCCAUCAACUGGGCUGGCCAUGGCAGCCUUUUGUUGCUACUUGAAGCACUGGUUGCUUUGCCUAACAUCCUUGUGCAUGGGGGUUUGGUGGCAAGAACCAAUGCAGCUGGUCAGGAGCAUCGCCACGCCUCUGUUCUGGGGUCAUGCACACACACAGCCGCAACUGCUGGCAGCACUCAGCCCUGUAUGUGUGACCUGUGCACACGUGGUUGUGUCCUUCUCGAGUGGUCCGACAUUUGGCAGUGGUUGCUUGACUGGGGGUUUGACAACCCUGCUCUACUCGUCAGCAAUGCAGCCAGUGUGUUUACCAUGUAUGAUGACAAUGUCCAAAGGCCUGUGGACCUGGAACGCUUGAGGCCAGCAGAGGCAUUUACAGUGCUCCUGCAUGAAUGCUUCAAGCUGCAAGGGUCUGCCCAGCCUAUCUGGCGCACCCUUAACCUCAGGUUCUUGCCGUACAUCCUUGGAUUGGCCUCAGCGGGGACGUUUACCCUUGGAAUUGCUGCAAAAGACAUCAAACCUUACAUUCAGGAAUUUGAGGCAAUGUACAGAAAGGUCGUGGGCUUCUCGGCAACCCCCAUGGCACGGCCCUACAUGGUUGCACUGGAGGGCUGGAGUUCGUUGACUUCCAGUAACAGCAACUCCUAUUUGAUUCAGGGUGCCAUGGCAACACCACCAGUGUCUGCUGGUGGCAUCAGCAACCUUUAUGCGCGAUUUUACAUGCCAAUGGUCAGCAAUGUGAGCAUUGAAUUCACAAAGGAGCAGCUUGAGGACAAGGACCUGGCACGGGAUAUUAAGAUCCAGACAGCACAGGAGAUUCUGGCUUUUGCACGCAUUCUUGCUGCUGGGCGUGGCCUGGUAGUGGUGCUGCCAUCAGAGUCAAAGCAGACAAAGUUUUUUGAUGUAUGGAAAGAGGAAGACAGGAACGGUUGGAGUCUUUGGAAGAGUAUGGAGGACAGCAGCACCAUUCUGGUUGGCACAUCCAGCACAACUGUGGCUGAUUUCCAGCGGGCAUUGAAUCAAAGCACCAGCAAACCGUUGCUGUUCUUUAUUCGUGAGAGGUGUGUCAUUGUUGGGUGGUCAGCAACUUGGCCAAUUUGGGUACAUCCCUAACGACCGCACUGUGCAUGCAGGAGCCGGUUUGCGGAGGGCUGGGAUCCACGGGUUGACAAGGACGUGUCCGUGCUGCUUCUGUACGGCCUGCCUCGCCAGAACAUGUACAGCCCUCAGAUUGAAGCCCUUGCAGCUGCUUUUCAAGAUCAUGACCAGGCGCAGCGGCGAGCAGCAGGCAGUGGAACGGCAGCUGUCAUCAAUUAUGGUCUGAGUGCGCGUGGACCGCGUGACCCAAAGCAGCGCUGUGGGCUGUUUAGGCAGUGGUACAUUGCGGAUGCAGUUGCAGCCAUGUCGCAAGCUAUGGGCCGUGCGUACAGGGGGCCGGCAGACCGUGCCAUUAUAAUUGCGAUUGGAGUUGCACAGCACAGGCAGAGCAUGCAGGCGCAUGUUCAUGCCGCAGCUGGUCCCACCAUGCAGGGUCCCGCAGGGUGGCAGGAGGUGAUGCGUGGAGCACGGGAGCACAUGCGGGCCUGGAAUUGGCUGCAUGAGUAAAGACACAGCAGUAGGCAUGUGUGCACAUAUUCAUGUCCUUGUUUUUCAGAGUUUGGGUUGUAACGGCAGGUGGGGGCACGCUGCAAGUGCAGCCUUUUCCAUGGACAUGUUCGUGGCAGGUGGUUAGCCAAUGGCAGGUGGUUAGGUAAUGGCAAGCAUGCAUGGCAUGUUGUGGUGGCUUUGACAAGCAUGCAUGGCAUGUUGUGGUGCCUGUGUCAGACAUGUGCAGCACAUAUGCAGGCAGGCAGGCCACGGCAACAACAUACUGGGACCUUGCUUGUUAACCUGUUUGCUUGUGGUGGUGUGGCUGAUUUUAGCACGGUGAUGCAGUGUAGCGUGCGUCCUGCCUGACAAGCAAUGCUGGCUCAUGUAAGGACUUCGUUCAUGGUCUGGACUUGUGAUUGAUUGUCCAUGAUUGUAAUUGGUAUAUCAG